CUCGUGUCCACUGAAUGUUGCAUAAAGAGUGAAGAGAGAAUGCAAGUUCUUACAAAAUUAACAAUAAUAUUUAAUAAUAUUUAUUAAUUUAUAUUAGGCGGAUAUCAAUUUACCAUUUCAAGGUCAGCAGCUGAUCAAAAUUAUGCACUUAAAUAAUAUUACUAAUAAUAACAUUAAGUAGCAUUGAUAAAUAGAGAAUAACACAUGGGCGCGCGUAGAUACAGAAUUUCUCUUCGAGUUUUGAACUCGAUAGCUCACGAAUGAGCGCAUCGAACGUGAGAUGUCAAGUUGAACAAGAGAAGAGAAAUUUAACCUUUCUCUUUCUCCUUUUCCUUCUCCAAAUCCCAUUCGCGACGUCGUGCGAGCUACACCAUUUCCCAGUGGCUCGUCUCGCUUCACCCAUAAAUAUUACUCAAGACGUGCCAGUAGCAUGCUAAACGAAAAAGACACAAAAAGGAAAGGCAACGUCAUUCAUUUCGGUCUUCGAUAGUUGUCGUUUUGGUUUUCACGAUUUCUGUUUGAAGUCAUAAAGUUUGUUCUUCAUUAUUGUCCUCUAUGCUUUUGGUUCACAUAUUUUUCAGAUAAUCACACUUCGACCACCGAUAUGUGAAGAUCAGUUUGCUUUCACCUUUCAUGGCGAGAACGGCUCCACAGAUUGCGCGUGGUCUUUUUUUUUUGUCGUUGACUUCACAGAAGAGGACUCAAUUUGUCUGCUUUAGUUGGCCAAUAACCGAGUUCGUGUGUCCUACACGAAUUAGUUAUAUCCGGAUCCAUCGAUCUGACGGCACAGUUGUUUUCUGUGUUGACGUGGCCAUUACUGCCGGGGUGAUAUAUCCAGUUGGGAGUCUUGGGCCGACUUUUCAGUUCACGACGUUACUGACCUUUACAGAGAAAGAGAGUUACUAUGUAACAAUGGAUCAUGGUGUUAUCUUCUGUGGUGCUGAGUCGCCUGCGAGCACAGAUCCUUACACCAUGAGGAUAAAGAUAAGUACAUUACAAGUACAUAUUACUGAUAUUACUAACAAUUAUGGUCAAUAGAUUAUAAACUGUUUAUAAUCUCUUGUUAUUGCACUAUCAUCAUCAACUUAUUUGUCUUUCUACAGAGGAUAUCACCCCACCCGUUUUAACACUCAUUAAUGCUCCAUCUCGUUCUGAAGGUGACUUUCAAAUCACUUGGACAGCAAACGAAAAUGUUACAACUCAGUGCACAGUACAAACUCCUUCCCAGAUCUUUGGUCAGCCAUGCCAUUAGUCGUGAACUGGAAGUAAUCUAACCGGGGGCUUCUACAGCAUUUAUGUUCGGUUAACAGAUUUGGCGGGAAACUCGGCACUGCCUGCCAGACACUCAUGGUUUGUAGGCCGCACGCCACCCAUGGUUAUCAUAACUUCAAAGCCCGCUACUGUUAGCAACCAAAAUCCAUUUACGUUCGGCUUCGACUGUCGAGAAAUCUGUUCGUUUGAAUGCUUCGUGCGUCAACAAGGUAUCAUUCCUGCUUAUUCCCGGUGCAACAGCAACAGAUACACGGCCAGAAAACUGCAGAACGAAAAGACCUACGUUUUUUAUGUACGGGGAACGGAUGACGUCGGGAACCAAGGAAAUCCGGAUAGUUAUACGUGGACAGUUGUCUCAACCUUCACAAAUAGAUUUACAGCCACCGGUCACCUCAAACAUGGCUUCUCAAACAGUGGAUUGUAAAUCAGAUCUCAGCCCUUCAACCCUUGGCAAACCUUCAGUCAGCGACAACAAAGGGUCGAACACAAUAUUAACGCACCAAGAUCUUCCUGCAAGUAGCUGCAGCUUUCAAAGAAAAUGGACCGCAACGGAUCAAGCGAUUAACAGCGCCUCCAAAAUACAGGAUAUUAAUCUCAUCAACCUUAGGCCACGACAGUGAAUUGCCAAGGUAAUGUCACCAUUGCUUGCGGGUGCUUUGUCGAACAACAACAAGAUAUGCGGAUACCAUCAAUGUCCCUCAUCCGUGCGAUUGGCCGAUCAAGAUAACACACGCCGAUUCUGUUCAAUUAAAAAUAACAGUAACUUACUGAGUAAACGAGUUAUAUACAAUGAAAAAUUAAUAUGAUCAACUAUUCGAAUUAUCUUUCUCCGAAUCGAUAAAAUUACAUAUUGAUUUAAUUAUUAUUAGAUAAUCUUGUAAUUGUAUAGCUGAUGGAACAGAAAAUCUCAAAAUCAACGAAAUUUCAGUCAUCUCGAGCCGCAAAAAUUUGUUAUUUUUUAAAACAAAGAAAAUCGCGAACCCGUAAGAUCAAAAAGUCCCACGAUGAUUUGGUUCGUCAAGUGUCACGAAAGACCAUCUGAAACAACAUAUGAUUAGUUCAAGUCAUGCGAGCCAACCAAUAAGGUUAAAUCCUUAUAAAAGCCCUUUUUCUUUUGACCAAUCAGUACUGACAGAUAGAGUUGUUUAAGCAUGCAAGACUGCCAGGUGAUGUCGAAGGAUAUUUUCGAUCCAUUUUCUGAGAAAAAGCCACUCCCUUAACUACAACUUCAAGCACACAUUUGCUACACGCAUCAAAAGAUGUCCCUGUAAACUGCUUGAUUAUGGAAACCGGUAUAAAGUUUGCCCUUUUGCUCGUAUUCCUUGUGUACGUACAUAGGACAGCAUGUACUCAUUUUCGAGGCGGCUCAUUCACAUACAAGCCCGUCAAUUCAAGUAACCAUGCAAGCAUGAAGGUGAUCAUAAAAUUCCGGAUGGGUUGGCGAAGAUCCUACUCUGGGAACACAUUCUGUGACCAAAAUACAAUAAACUCCGGUUCGCUGGUCGGCAUCAAUGGCUACUUAAAGUGCAGAUCCGGCUGCUUUGGCAGCGUCGGGAAUUUACGCUUCAAAUGCUCGGAUUUCAGUGUACAAGAGGACUGGACAACUGGCACUAACAGCUUUGAAUAUACGUUUCCCGUCACAUCAUCUCGCUACUAUAGAGUCAGUUAUUCAGGAAGAAACUGGAUUGCUCUCGUGCAUGCAUUAGGAGCUUCAUGGGAGAUUGGAAUGUACGUUAACCUUACAAAAAGAAGUGACACUGGACGUUUGAAUACGUCGCCAGUGGCGACAAUGACACCAAUCGUUCGUUUGAAAUACGGCUGUAACCAUUCUAUAGUUAUCCCAGUGUCCGACGAUGACAAAGACGAAGUGCGGUGUCGUUGGGCGAAAAGUAACGCUGGAGAGUGUGGCGGAAUAUGUGGAGGAAACGGGUUACCAAAUGCAUACAUGUUUGACCGCGAAUGCAGAAUCACCUACAGUGCAACGGAAUACAUUGGCUUUUACGCUGUUGCUGCCAUGAUCGAAGAUUUUGCCUCGCCAACAGACUCACAGCCAUUGAGUGGCAUUCCGUUGCAGUUUUUGGUGUACGUGUUCAACUCAAACGAAACGUGUGAUGAACGCCCGGAGUUCACGGAAUACACGCGGGCCGAGGGAUCGUGUAUUGGAAUCCCUCCUGGAGGAACAUACUCCGAUCGUAUCAUCGUGCGAGCCGGUGGACCAUCAAAAAGAAUUGUGGAGGUCACUACCAACAGUCCUCAGGGAUUCAUCAAGUCUCCUGUGGCUCAGUAUGCACCACAGGAAUACUACGUUAAUGUCACGUGGACACCGAUAUCAUCAGAGAUAGAGACCAAACUGUUUUGUUUCACGGGAUUGGAGGAUUCCGGGGUAACAACUGAACAGAGAUGCGUCGAUCUGCUUGUUGGAGUUGCGCCUCCACAAUUUGCUAGUCUCUCACCACAAGGAGAAGUUCUUCCCGACACAAGUCAAUGGACCAUCACUUUUGACAAACAGUUCGUGCGUCCUACACGAAGCAGCCACAUCCGGAUCCAUCGAUCUGACGGCACAGUUGUUUUCAGUGUUGACGUGGCCAUUACUGCCGGGGUGUUGUAUCCAGUUGGGAGUCUGGGGCGGACUAUUCAGUUCACGACGUCGCUGACCUUUACAGAGAAAGAGAGUUACUAUUUAACAAUGGAUCAUGGUGUGGCUAAAGGUGUUACCUACUGUGGUGCUGAGUCGCCUGCCAUCACAGAUCCUUACACCAUGAGGAUAAAGAUAAAGGAUAUCACCCCACCUGUUUUAACAUUCAUUAAUGCUCCAUCUCGUUCCGGGGGUGACUUUCAAAUCACUUGGACAGCAAACGAAAAUGUUACAGCUCAGUGCACAGUGCAAACUCCUUCCCUGCUGUUUGGUCAGCCAUGCAAUUGGUCGUGGACUGGAAGCAAUCUAACCGAGGGCUUCUACAGCAUUUAUGUUCAGUUAACAGAUUUGGCGGGAAACUCCGCACCGCCUGCCAGACACUCAUGGUUUGUAGACCGCACACCACCCAUCGUUAUCAUAACUUCAAAGCCCGCUACUGUUAGCAAUCAAAAUUCAUUUACGUUCAGCUUCAACUGUCGAGAAACCUGUUCGUUUGAAUGCUCUGUACGUCAACAUGGUAACAAUCCCACAUAUUCACAGUGCAACAGCAACAGAUACACGGCCAUUGCGCCUCCACAAUUUGCUAGUCUCUCACCGCAAGGAGAAGUUCUUCCCGACACAAGUCAAUGGACCAUCGCUUUUGACAAACAGUUCGUGCGUCCUAUACGAAGCAGCCAUAUCCGGAUCCAUCGAUCUGACGGCACAGUUGUUUUCAGUGUUGACGUGGCCAUUACUGCCGGGGUGUUAUAUCCAGUUGGGAGUCUGGGACGGACUAUUCAGUUCACGACGUCACAGACCUUUACAGAGAAAGAGAGUUACUAUUUAACAAUGGAUCAUGGUAAGGAUACUGGGUUUAUAUCAUGA